CUAACAUCCACAAUGGAGUAGAUGCCCUCGUCGAUGAUCGGGAUGAAGCCAGGAUGCUACUGCAUGUGAUGCGACAAUGGCCCUUAAUUGGUGGUUAGGGGGUGGCGGUGCUUCCAGGCGAGGUCACUGGAGCUACACUCUGAGACGUCUUCCCGACGGCCUUCCGUUCCGAGGAUACUGUAUGGUUGAUAUCCUGGUCAUUUCCCAGUACGUAGCAUCGACUAUUGAAAGCCGCCGCCCACGACCUGGUCAUGCGUGCGCACGGUGGGUGGCCAGCACCGAUUCGCUUCCGAUAUGUAUCACUAGAGGAAGUGGCUGGGCAGAUGAGAUCAUUGAGCCACAUGCAGAUAGAGAGACUAAUGAGCACUGGGCCAAGGCUAGUGACCAGCAGCAAUCGCACUUCGUUCAGCUGGCUGGAGCGGGAGUUUCAUGCUGGCCUGACGAGAUGCGGGGGUUUGAUAAGAGGCUUCAGGCUGCGGAACUGGCGGCUGGGACGUGUUAUUGGCAUGCUUCUGGGUUCAUUGUCAUCCAACACUGCUCGGCGGAGCAUAGCGGUCGCUGCGGGGCGCCCUUGUCUUCCCUGGUGGCAUAA